AUGUUUUUCAUGUGUACCUCUGUCUCGCUCCUCCUUGCUGUUCCUCCUCACACACCUCUGUCUCGCUCCUCCUCGCUGCGCCUCCUCACACACCUCUGUCUCGCUCCUCCUCGCUGUUCCUCCUCACACACCUCUGUCUCGCUCCUCCUCGCUGCGCCUCCUCACACACCUCUGUCUCGCUCCUCCUCGCUGCGCCUCCUCACACACCUCUGUCUCGCACCUCCUCGCUGCGCCUCCUCACACACCUCUGUCUCGCACCUCCUCGCUGCGCCUCCUCACACACCUCUGUCUCGCUCCUCCUUGCUGUUCCUCCUCACACACCUCUGUCUCGCUCCUCCUCGCUGUUCCUCCUCACACACCUCUGUCUCGCUCCUCCUCGCUGCGCCUCCUCACACACCUCUGUCUCGCUCCUCCUCGCUGCGCCUCCUCACACACCUCUGUCUCGCACCUCCUCGCUGCGCCUCCUCACACACCUCUGUCUCGCUCCUCCUCGCUGCGCCUCCUCACACACCUCUGUCUCGCUCCUCCUUGCUACUCACCGCCAUGUCCCCUGCCGCGCUGUGGUCUCUGGAGAAGUGA